UUUUGUUUUUGUCGUUCAAAGGGCAUUGAGAGCAAGACAGCAAAAUGGAGACCAAGUGCAGUAGUCGACAUUUAUUUUGCUCCAAGACAACCAUCCGUACCUUUCUGCUAGGAGGGGUAUUUAUUGCAUUGAGCUCAAGCCGAAUCCUCCUGAUGAAGUAUUCUGCUAAUGAAGAUAACAAAUAUGAUUACCUUCCUACAACUGUGAACAUAUGUUCUGAAGUAAUAAAACUGGUGCUGUGUGUGAUAGUGGCACUAUGGGUUAAGAAAAAAGAGGGUUGUUUGGAUCAUCACUUUGAAUGUCUUUCGUGGAAGAAUUUUUGUAAUUCCAUGAAAUGGUCAAUUCCUGCCUUUCUUUACUUUUUGGAUAACUUGAUUGUCUUCUACGUCCUGUCCUACCUCCAGCCUGCAAUGGCCGUACUCUUCUCAAAUUUUGUCAUUAUAACGACAGCUCUUCUCUUCAGGAUAGUGCUAAAGCGACGACUCUCUUGGGUACAAUGGGCAUCUCUGGUGAUUUUAUUCCUGUCCAUCGUUGCCUUGACUCUAGGGACUGGAGGCCAUCAGCAAAGCUUAGCUGUGCACGGAUUCCAUCACAACAUGUUUUUUAGCCCAUCUAACCACUGGCUCCUCUAUGCUGGACCGGAGGAAACGUGCCCGGAAAAGGGCAACUGUGUAGCAUCAAGCUUCCUUCCCAGCUUUCAAUGGAAUGUCACCACUACCAUGGCAGGAGCAUUGAGACCCCUCCACCUGAGUCUGGGCCAUCUGCUUAUCCUAGUGCAGUGUUUCAUUUCUGCUCUGGCUAACAUCUACAACGAAAAGAUCUUGAAAGGUGGGGAUCAGCUUGCUGAAAGCAUUUUUGUGCAGAACAGUAAACUGUAUGCGUUUGGGGUGAUGUUCAAUGGGCUGAUGCUGGGGCUGCAGGCUAAGGACCGGAGGCAAAUAGGGAGCUGUGGUUUCUUUUAUGGGCACAACGUCUUCUCGGUGGCUCUUAUAUUUGCCACAGCUUUCUUGGGGCUGUCCGUAGCCUUCAUCUUGAAGUUCCGAGACAACAUGUUCCACGUUAUGACUGCUCAGGUCACCACUGUAAUCAUCACCGCAGUCUCUUUCGUCAUCUUUGACUUCAGGCCUUCUCUAGAGUUCUUUUUGGAAGCUCCUGUAGUGCUUCUCUCCAUAUUCAUCUAUAACGCCAGUAAACCUCGAGGCCUGGAAUAUUCCACUCUGCGGGAAAGGGGCAGACUCUUAAAAGGAGACACAUGGGAGAGGUCAAGCGGGGAUGGAGAAGAGUUUGAGAGACUGAACAAACCAAGCAGUGACAUUGAUACAGAUGAAGAUUCACUCUAGCAUGAGGCUGGCUCAGAGGAGUGCUAUUACUCAUAGUGAGAGAAUGUUAAUGUUUAUUUAACAUAGAGAAAGAUCCUUUUUCCCCACUUGCAGAGCAAUGGAGAAUAUUUAUGGGCUGGAUAUGAGAGAUGGAUGAGGAAAACAUUCAAACUCUUCCUUUGAGCCAUAUGUAUGAAGAGCUGUCUUUCUUCUUUCCAUUGAAGCCACUGAAAUAAACACUGUUUAAAACUAAUGCAAAAAAGAGAGGGGUUGAAUCCUGGACUUAACUGUCUGGGUGACAUAUGUGGUGUUGUGGAGGGCAGUGCUGAAGGUGAGAUUCCAUUGCCUUUGGAUAGCUGGCAGCCAAGUAUUCCAUGCUUUAGGACUUUGUGGACAAAAUACACUUGUGACCAAAAUGGGAGAGCCUGCUCCUGAAAACUCUUUGGUUCCAAGAAGUGUUCCCCCUAGCACUUAAACAAUGGUUUCAGAAGAGAAGCAUUACAUAAGCACAUAUUUCCAAGACUUUGAGUCAGGUGGCAUCUUAGGCUUGUCUGGUUUUAUUGAGAGGUGAUUUCAGAAUUAACUUCUUAUUGAAUGAUUUACAGAACUUGAGGCUUAUGGGAUAUGAUGCUUAUUUACAGUUGGGAUUUGUUUGUUUGCUAGUGUGCCUGGCAUUGCAAACUGGAAGAAGAGUUUUCCUAAUGUUUAGAAAUGUAGGCGUCAUGUCCUCACCUGGUUCUUAUAGUUUCUCGAGUGAAACAGUUUCAUCCUUGCUCUCUCUGGAAUUGCAGUUUGCCCCUCAGUGUAUACUAACAAUUUUCUUUGUACUUCAUUGCUACAUAAGGAUUUUUUUAUUAUCUAGAAGUCUGUUGGAAUUAUACUUUACACUAUUUGUAAAUACAGAGUUUUAAACUUUAAAAAAAAACAUUAUCAGGUUAAGAUUCAACUCUUUUUUUUUAAUAGACUUGAUUUUAAUUGAAUGAAAAUGUGAUCUAACCAACCUGGACUGUGAAUGCUGCUUGAAAAUAUGUUUUAGAAUUAUGGCUAUUUUAAGAGAUCACAGCAGUGAAAGUAGUUAGCUGUAGAAUUACUUGGCUGGUCUACAUUUUAGCAAUAACGGAAGAAGCAAAUGGUGCGUGGGAGAAGUGAAAAGUACAUUAGAUUUGACUGAAGCAAUAUUACUUGAACAACACCAGGGCUCCUGAGUUCUAACCCCAUGUCUUCCACAGCUUUGGUCAAAUGUCCCAAGACACUGCAACUUCCUAUAUGAAUUACUUGGUUAGUAAAACAGAGGUGAUAAAACUGUUUCCCACUUUGCAGGAGUGAUAUGAGGAUUGAUGAAUGUUUUUGCAGCAUCUUCAAAUGUACAAAUGCUCCUCUUUUUUUAGUAAUUAAGAUGUUACUAAUAACUUAAUCAAUUUGCCUCAUUAUUUAUAUAUAUAUUUUUUAUGGCGUUUUGGCAAUUCAGAUAACUAACUGGCUGAGUUAAGCACAAUUCCUUCUGGACCUGUCUCAUCUGGCUUUCACUUGAGAAAUAUAUAAGUCAGAUAAUUUGGGUUAGAGAUACAUUGAUCCUUCAAACAGGCAGGUCUUUGGAGCGUGAGUUUGAUCUGAGUGAUCUUAAUUCUGUCUCCAUCAGAAUUUUUCAUCGGUGUAAUUCUGUGCUGGCUCCUGUGGAGUCCUUUUCUUUCCGAUUUUCUUUGAUGUGACUGAAAGCAGAAGAGAUUUCACUGACUUUAGCCACUAGCUCUCCUCACAUUUUCAGUGUGAGACUGUUGUGUGCCUGUCUCCCAGUGUCUGGGAAACUGAAAUAUGGAGUGCCUUUGUAGCAAAUGCUGACUUUUACAUGCAGCUUAUUUGGCAUAACUUUGAAAGAGCCUGAAUAAAAUAAAAGUCUGUUAUACAAUUUGAGGGCACCAUAGGCUCUUUUUGCUUUUAAAAAGGCUAUGUGUUGAGACUUCCUUGCGCUGGGACUGCUACAUGAAAACAAGUAUCAUGUAGCUGCUCUGAUGCCCUACAGCUUCUGGAGCAUGAGCAAGAGGGUGCAGGUGACAAUUUCGUUCGGUGAUGCUUUACCAAGUAAGACUGGUAAAGGUUUAUGCCCAUUUUGGAGGGGGAGGUAGAGAAACCAUUUUGCAGGGUGCCAGGUGCAGUAAUCUCAGAAUCAUUGAGACUUUCACUGGAUUGGCUUUUGAGUGAGAUUGAAAAAUAGGUUCCAAAUAAUGUAGAGAAUCUUAAAAAGAGAAGGGGAAAAGGAAUGGGGAUACAGAAAAAAGUUUCUUGAUAUGUCCUUAAAACCUCUUCUCUCAGAACAGUGGAAAAGAUGUUAGCUUAUAAUUUCCUCCCUUAAUGAAUGGGUCUUUUUUUAGUGGAAAGAUACUGUCGAAAGAAUUCUUAAGAGGAUAUGUAAUGAGUUCAGUCUCAAAGCCUCAUACCACACUGUAUAGUAAUCAGCUACUGAUGUAUUUUUCUGAGGGCUGAAGACAGUUCUGCCUCUGUUCCUGUUUGCCAUCCUGUUUCCAGGCCUUGUGUACUAACAGCUUACUUAUGCAUGCUGUGUUGAUGGCUUAUAAUUAAUGUACCUCCUGUCAUUGAUCCAUCAAGAGUGACAGCCUGUUUCCAACUGUUGCCAAUGACUAUCAGGUUAUAAACUAAGAAUGUAAAUUACUGUUCUGACUUGUCACUUUUUUCCUGGAUUAUGAGCUUUUUCUGGAAUAUUUUAAGAAGAAUUAUACAAAAUGAAAUUGCUGUUGUUUAUAUGAGAUGACAUUGUAAGCAAUGUUGAGCUGGAAAAAGUUUUACAGCUGAUCUCAUGGUUGUGCUUGUAGAGUAGCUCAUUUCAACAGAAAGAAUACUAAUUGCUUGAAUCUGCACAAAAUGAUUAGAAAAGCAUAUUUGAAUAUAAAUUCCAGAAGCAUA